GCCUUCACUCUCAACGCAAAGACGGAGCGCAGGACUGGGAGAGAGGAAACUCAGCAUGGAGGGCAUGAACCUGCAGGAACCACACAACUGAGGCGCCUUUUGGACCACAGACUGAACUCACUGACAUCGAGUGCUACCUUGAUUAACUGGAAGGGGAACAAUCAUGGGACCGGACAUGUGGAGCCUUUUUAUUUUGUUCUCUUUGUCUCUCUGGAGCAACAGCCAAGCUUUGACCAAGAACCCCAUCCUGUCUCGGAUACGAAGAGCUCCAGAGGCCAGAGAAGAAAGCAAGAAAUGCUCCUAUACCUUUCUGGUCCCUGAGCAAAAGAUCACGGGUCCCAUCUGUGCUGCCCGGGGCUACGCCACUGACAAGGACCGGGUGACACGCCUGGACGUGGCUUCGGUCCGGGAUCUUCUGUCAAAGCAAAAUCGGGAGAUGGAAACCUUGAAGCUGGUGGUGGACGUGGACGGUAACUUGGUGAACGAGAUGAAGCUGCUGAGGAAAGAGAGCAGAAACAUGAACUCCAGAGUGACCCAGCUCUACAUGCAGCUGCUGCACGAGAUCAUAAGGAAGAGGGAUAACUCUCUGGAGCUGGCUCAGCUUGAGACGCGCAUCCUGAACGCCACCACGGAGUCUCUGCGCUUGGCCUCUCGCUACAGGGAACUGGAGGCCAAAUACGCAGCCCUGUCUGCAGUCGUGAACAAUCAGUCAGUGCUGAUCGGAGCACUGGAGGAGCGUUGUAUGCAGGUAUACAGCCGGAGGCAUGAGCAGCCACCCCUGGGACCUCCACUGGUGCAGGUGGUACCUGAGAACAUUCCAGUCAGUGUGCCACGUUUCACCAAUGAGAUCCAGACUCGCAACACUCGGGGCUUCGCCUUGGAGAGGGGCUCGCGCUCUGGGCCGUCAUCGACAAGCAGUACUCUGGAGGCGCAAAAAUCUCCCGAGAGAAACUUUAGUACGGAAGGCCCGUUCAGAGACUGUCUGGAGGCUCAGGAGGCCGGCCUCAGCGCCAGCGGCAUGUACCUGAUUAAACCUGACGAGGCAGAGAGGCCGGUGCAGGCCUGGUGCGAGCAGGACAUAGACAACGGAGGCUGGACCGUCAUCCAGAGCAGGAGAGACGGAUCCGUUAACUUCUUCAGAAACUGGGAUAAUUACAAGAGUGGCUUUGGCAACAUAGACGGGGAGUACUGGCUCGGUCUGGAAGCCAUCUACAAAUUAGGAAGGCAGGGGGACUACAAGCUCCUGGUGGAGAUGGAGGACUGGAUGGACAAGAAGGUCUACGCUCAGUACAGCAGCUUUCACUUGGAGCCGGAGAGCGAGGGCUACCGCCUGCGGCUCGGCACCUACCAGGGCAACGCUGGGGAUUCACUCAGCAGCCACAACGGCAAACAGUUCACCACCUUGGACCGGGACAAAGACGCCUUCUCUGGUAACUGUGCCCAUUUCCAUAAAGGAGGCUGGUGGUACAACGCUUGUGGCCAAGCCAACCUUAACGGUGUCUGGUACACCGGAGGAGUCUACCGCAGCAAAUUCCAAGACGGAAUGUUCUGGGCUGACUAUGGAGGAGGUUUCUACUCCAUGAAGUCUGUGCGGAUGAUGAUCAGACCUAUAGACUGAGACUGCUGUUAGACUGGUCAAGAGAAGGCCAGACCAGGUCUAAGACUCAUGCUAAACUUUUCUUUCCACACUACCAGUAACUCCUCGACCAUAGAUGGAACAUCACCUCUGGUGGUCGACCAACACUCAGAGAGCGACAGCCUCCGGUAGCAGACACGUGUAAAGGGAUUUAGGGCACAUUUAUCUUUUGUUUAACAAAAAAAAGAUUGUUUGUGGUUGUGAUUGUUGGAGGUAAAAGACUUCAAGAGACUGCAGCUGAUAAAGGUUUUCAGAUACAGAA